GAAAGCUCUCUCCAAGAAGGAUGGUUGCGGCCAGAAUCGUCAGGAUGAGAUUGCCUCCCUAGAAGCGCAGAUCGUGGGAGGCAGUUGUAGCUCUUAUGCUGUCGCCGGUUUAAAGAGGCGCCUGCAGACGUUGAAGGCCGCAGCUCUCCGCGAGGAGCGCGCAGCUGCUGCGCGGGCGGCAGCUGCUGCGGUGGUCCGUGACGGUGUGGGAGGAGGUUAUUGUGCCGAUGGGGGUUAUGCACGGCAGCGCA